UUGACAGUGACAAAUCCCUAAAUCAUAGAAUUGCUUUUGCUUUUGAAGAUCACGAUCACGUCUCGCUUUGUUUUCCCAUAGAAAAGGGACCUAUGGUGAUUGUAGCUAUGUCUCUAAAUAAAUAAUAUGAAAAAAGUUACAUCGUUUAAACAUGAAGCUCGUUUACAAAAAUAUCGAAAGGGAUGGCUGCGGGAGUAUCGGCCUCAUCCCUGAGGAGUCUGAAGAUAUGUGGCAUGCAUACAACCUGGUCGCCGUGGGUGACGCUGUCACAGCGUCCACUGUGCGAAAGGUUCAGACUGAGUCCUCAACAGGCUCGUCAACCAGCAGUCGAGUGAGGACCACGCUCACCAUCACUGUGGAAACCAUUGAUUUUGAUACACAAGCAUGUGUACUGAGGCUGAAAGGUCGCAAUAUUGUGGAGAAUCAGUAUGUAAAGAUGGGUGCCUACCACACAUUAGAUUUAGAACUAAAUAGAAAGUUUGUACUCCAAAAGCCUCUAUGGGAUUCAGUGGCUUUAGAGCGAGUAGAGAUGGCAUGUGACCCGGCUGCCAAUGCUGAUGUAGCUGCCGUUGUGAUGCAAGAGGGUCUGGCACAUGUCUGUCUGAUUACGCCGUCUAUGACACUAGUGAGAUCAAAAAUUGAUAUCACAAUACCUAGGAAGCGAAAGGGUUUUGUGCAGCAACAUGAAAAGGGUCUAAAUAAAUUUUAUGAUGCUGUAAUGCAAGGUAUUCUGAGGCAUGUAGACUUCAACAUUGUCAAGUGUGUGAUAAUUGCAUCACCUGGAUUUGUGAAGGACCAGUACUUUGAGUACAUGAUGCAACAAGCUGUAAAAACAGACAACAAAUUACUCAUUGACAAUAAGAGCAAGUUCCUAUUGGUCAAAGCCUCGUCAGGAUUCAAACAUUCGUUAAAAGAGGUUUUACAAGAGCAAGCAGUAAUUGCCAAAAUAUCGGAUACGAAAGCUGCAAGUGAGGUGAAGUUACUAGAGAGUUUCUACACAAUGUUGCAGCUAGAACCAGCCAAAGCGUUCUAUGGGAAGAAACAUAUCGAGCGCGCGAACGAGGCGCAAGCUAUUGAAACACUUAUGAUUUCUGAUAAAUUGUUCAGGUGUCAAGAUAUACAACAAAGGAGAGAGUAUGUAGCUAUAGUAGAUUCAGUUCGCGACAAUGGCGGUGAAGUGAGGAUUUUUUCCAGCAUGCACGUGUCUGGCGAACAACUAGACCAGCUGACUGGUAUUGCAGCAAUCCUGCGCUUCCCAAUGCCAGAGCUUGAAGACAGUGAUGCUGAGGGUGACAGCGACACUGAUUCUGAUUAGGAUAUUAUUUAUUAUCAGCAGUCCAUUCAUAUUGCUUACACCUUUGUCUCCUAUCUAGUGAGAUAGGUAUUUGUAUUGAUUAGUGAAUUUGUGUAAAUGUCAUACAAAUAUGUACUUCCGUUAUGUAUUAUCUUGUAGAAGAAUAAUUUCCAAAUGAAAAUGUAAAUAUUUAAUUACAGAAGAUAUGUAAACAUUAUUUUAUGAAUGGAUAAAUAUUCCUGUGGAUAUGUCCACAAAAACUAAAACAAGUUGAUCUGCUCAAGUUUGUGUCAUUUUUUUAUAAUACUUAAAGACAAUUGUUUAUUUUGUUUCACUAGAUGUACUUUUAUUAUUUUAUUUAACAUGUCUGGUACUUCCAUUUCUAUGUUGGUACUAAAAUAGUACUUAGUGAUAAGCUAUUAUGAAUAGUACCAAAGUAAUUAGGUUGCUUCAAAUGACUAAUAUUAUAAUGAUUGUCUUGUUUUAUUGUUGAUUAAAAGAAAAUAUCCUAAUGUUUUUAUAUUGUGAUGUAAAUAUUAUACUAUAAAUGAAUUAGCACAAUACAAAACUACAAAUGAUUUGUUAA